CAGACAUCCCAGGAUUCACCUCUUCUUGUUGUCAUGUCAGCAACAUAACAGACAAGAUUUUUCGUCGGUGACAAAUUUGAAAAUGUCACUUAUAUUAGGUGGAUCCUGGGUAUUGAAAUGUUUAGAUCAGACCAAGUUUCUCAUUUAGAUAGAGAUACGAAACUAACUAUAAACAGCUUUAUCAGAGAAGACGCAACAUGGCGCACUCCACAGAAUUUUAUCUCCGAUAUUAUGUUGGUCAUAAAGGCAAAUUUGGGCAUGAAUUUUUAGAAUUUGAAUUCCGUCCUGAUGGAAAGUUACGAUAUGCAAAUAAUUCCAAUUAUAAGAAUGAUACCAUGAUCAGAAAAGAGGCUUUUGUUCAUAAAUCUGUAAUGGAAGAAUUAAAGAGAAUAAUAGAAGAUUCAGAAAUUAUGCAGGAAGAUGAUACAUUGUGGCCCUCACCAGACAGAGUUGGAAGACAGGAAUUGGAAGUGGUAAUUGGUGAUGAACACAUUUCUUUCACAACUUCUAAAAUUGGUUCAUUAGUUGAUGUUAAUCAGAGCAAAGAUCCUGAGGGUUUGAGAACAUUUUAUUAUUUGGUUCAAGAUUUAAAAUGUCUCGUGUUUUCUUUGAUUGGAUUACAUUUCAAGAUCAAACCAAUUUGAAAUUGGCAAUAUCUUUUAUCAGUGUAUUUUUGUUAUAUGUAAUCUUGUUUAUCAUAUGUAUAUAUAAUAUCAUGUAUUUUAGAAAUAAAGAAUAGAACUUCUUUGAUUUAAGAUAAAGUUUAUGACCCUUGUGAAAACACAUAAAAUUGUUUAUUAUUUCAUUUGUAGAAUGGCUUUUGAUAAUCAACAAAUGAUAAAUUCCCUUAAGAAAUAGAUAAUUGACUUCGUUCAUAUUUCAUGUGUACAUUAUUUUAUGAGAAAUAAAAUUUAACAUACUUAUA